AUAUGUCAAAAUACACGACCUAUAUACUCCGAUCUGCACCCCUCUCUCUCUCUCUCUCUCUCUCUCUCUCUCUCUCUCUCUCUCUCUCUCUCUCUCUCUCUCUCUCUCUCUCUCUCUCUCUCCAAAAGGAUUGUUUAAAAGACUAGAGCAAUGGAGGGAAAGCACAGGUUCCUCCAUGGAACACUUGAAGCUACUAUCUUCCAUGCAACACCUUACACACCACCUUUCCCCUUGAAUUGCAUAUUAGGAAAUGGAAAGCCCAGCUAUGUGACUAUCAAGAUAGACAACAACAAAGUAGCAGCAACAAGCCCAGAAACUGACCGCGUUUGGAACCAAACCUUCCAAAUCCUUUGUGCUCAUCCAUCCGAUUCCACAAUCACCAUUACAUUGAAGACCAAGUGCUACGUCCUGGGGAAAACACAAAUUCAAGCCAAUCAAAUCUUAAACGAAGCAAGUCUGAUCGAUGGAUUCUUCCCGCUCAACAUGGAAAAUCGAAAGCCAAAUGCAGAACUCAAGCUGAGAUUCAUGCUCUUGUUCAGACCAGCCGAACUCGAACCUACCUGGGGAAAAUUGCUCAGCAGUGGUGCAUUCGAGGGGUUGAAGAACGCUACAUUUCCUCAACGCUCCAAUUGCAUUGUUAGGCUGUACCAAGAUGCUCACCACAGCUAUAGCUUCAAGCCACCACUUGGGCUUUGUGGCGACCCAAGAAAACUUUGGGAGGAUGUGUUCAGAGCCAUUGAAGAUGCAAAGCAUUUGAUUUACAUUGCAGGGUGGUCUUUCAAUCCCACUUUGGUCCUGGUUCGGGAUUCACAAACAGACAUCCCUCACGCGUGGGGAGUAAAGCUCGGUGAACUGCUGAAGUGGAAAGCAGAAGAAGGUGUAGCUGUAAGGAUUAUGCUCUGGAAUGACGAAACUUCGUUACCAAUCAUCAAGAACAAAGGACUAAUGAGAACGCAUGACGAAGACACUUUCGCCUAUUUCAAACACACCAAAGUUAUAUGCCGACUGUGCCAGCGGUUACAUAACAAGUUUCCCUCAGUUUUCACUCACCACCAAAAAACCAUAACAGUGGACACUCGAGGAAACUUCCCUUCUAGCAACCGAGAAAUCAUGAGCUUCAUUGGUGGAUUGGAUCUCUAUGAUGGCCGGUAUGAUACUGAGGAGCAUUCCCUCUUUCGGGAUCUUAAUACAGAAUCGCAUGCAAAUGAUUUCUAUCAAACAAGCCUUUCUGGUGCUAGCCUUCUCAAAGGUGGGCCUAGAGAGCCAUGGCACGAUACUCAUGCUUGUAUCAUUGGAGAAGCAGCUUGGGAUGUUUUGAAGAAUUUUGAGCAAAGGUGGAAAAAGCAAUGUGAUCCUUCAUUACUAGUCCCUCUGAAAACCAUCUCAGAUCUCUAUCACCAAAAUACUCCAGAAACCAUGUCUAAAGAAAGGAAUUGGAAGGUUCAAGUGUUGCGAUCCAUUGACCGCGUGUCAUCAACCCAGAUGCCGGAAAAUUAUGCUGUGGAGCGGAGCAUUCAUGAAGCUUACGUAGAAGCUAUAAGGCGUGCAGAGAGGUUUAUAUAUAUAGAGAACCAGUAUUUCAUUGGAAGUUGCCAUUUUUGGGAGAAAGAUCAACAUUGUGGAUGCACGAAUUUGAUCCCAGUUGAGAUUGCACUUAAAGUGGUGAGUAAAAUCAAAGCAAAAGAGAGGUUUUCUGUGUAUGUUGUUAUCCCAAUGUGGCCAGAAGGAGUGUCGGAGAGCGAACCAGUUCAAGACAUGUUGCAUUGGACCAGAGAAACAAUGGCAAUGAUGUAUAAAAUGAUUGGAGAAGCGAUAAAAGAGAGUGGCGAAAAUGGGCACCCAAGAGACUACCUGAAUUUCUUCUGCCUUGCAAAUAGGGAAGAGAAGGGGGAAGAGGAGUUUGUUCCUCCGGAUUCUCCUCAUCCUGCAACACAAUACUGGAAUGCUCAAAAGCAUAGGAGGUUCAUGGUUUAUGUUCAUUCCAAGCUCAUGAUAGUGGACGACACCUACAUGUUGAUAGGAUCCGCCAAUGUGAACCAGCGAUCGAUGGAUGGGCAAAGAGACACUGAAAUUGCGAUCGGAUGCUACCAACAGCAAAACGGGAAGCAGCAGAUAAGCCGGGGGGACAUCCAUGCAUACCGUAUGUCACUGUGGUUCGAGCAUACUAGAAAAGCGGAAGAAAUGUUCCGAGAGCCUCAUACCAUCGAAUGCGUUCAAACCAUCCGCAGUAUAGGAGAGCAUGCGUGGAAAAUAUACAGCGGAGAGGAAGUUAUAGACAUGGAAGGCGUUCACUUAGUUACUUACCCGGUCGAUGUAAACACCGAUGGUUCUGUAGAGGAUCUUGAGGAGGAUGGUGGCAGUUAUUUUCCAGAUACAAGAGCUCUGGUCAAGGGGAAGCGGUCGAAAAUUCUACCACCUAUACUCACCACGUAGUUGCAACGAUCGAUUUCAAAAUCAUUCGUAUGAUCAGAUCAUUUACAUUAGAUUCUUUGACACCUUUUUUUUUUUGGAUAAGCAAUUCUUUGACACCUUUGUUUGCAAAAGAUGGAUGAAAUUUAGAUUGUGCCCAUAUAGUUCCUUCUAGUUGUUCUUGUAUACAUUCAAUUGUAGAGCAUUCUUUAUCACAAGUACAUAUAUGUGAGUAACCCAUUCAUUUUGGAAACUAAAUUCAGUGAAA